AUGCCACAAGAGAUACGCACCGUUGCCAUUGUCGGCUGUGGAGUGAUUGGAAUGGGCUGGGCCACUCUUUUUCUCUCCAGGGGCUUGAAGGUCAUUGUUUCUGAUCCUGUAGAGGGAGCCAAUGAUGCCCUCGAGCGGCAUCUACAGCAGGCGAGGCCGUUCUUCGAGGAACAUGGAAAUUUCGACCUGCUCGCCACCAACUAUGAGUUUGUUAGCGAUAUAGUGCCGAGGUUGGCUGAAGCAGACUUCGUUCAAGAGAACGGGCCAGAGCGCCACGAGUUCAAGAGAGGGCUCAUGAAGACACUAGAUGAGCACACUAGACCAGGUGUUGUGAUUGCAUCGUCAUCCUCCGGUCUGCCGUCCUCGGCAUUCAUCAAGGGGUGCGAGCGAGAUCCGAGCCGCAUCCUCAUCGGUCACCCAUUCAACCCGCCCCAUUUGGUCCCGUUGGUUGAGGUUGUGCCUCAUCCCAGGACUAGCAAGCAAUCCGUCUCCGCCACGAUGGAGUUCUACCGAUUCCUUGGGAAAGCCCCCAUUCUGCUGCAUUAUGAGGUCCCAGGAUUUGUAUCAAACCGUCUCCAGGCCGCAAUCAACAACGAAGCAUAUAGUCUCAUUAGUCGGGGCAUUGUUUCGACUGAGGACCUCGAUUUGGCUGUUACCGAAGGGCCCGGUCUUCGCUGGGCCCUCACAGGCCCAAUUGCUACUAAUGCGCUUGGCGGAGGAGGUGGAUCAGAUGGCUUUGCACAGCGAAUCGAACAGCUAGGGCCAUCCAUUCGAGCUUGGGAAGAAGAUAUAUUGAAGCAUAGGUUUGAUUGGAGUAACGAAAGGUUAUCCGCGUUGCAAGAUAGUGUUACGAAGGGGCUGGGGGGUACUGACUGGUCCAAUCUGGUGCAGGAGAGAGACUCGGUCCUAGGACAGCUGCUAGCCGCGAAGGGCAAAACAACUUCUAUGGGCACGCAAUUACCAUAA